AACCCUGAUGCAACCGCCAGCCAGAUCCCACUUGCCUCCUUUGAAAGCUGCCUCACAGCUUUUGAAAUACCACCCAACCUCCGCACUUCCAGGAAGAUGUGAUCCGGCAACUUCAAGACUGCCCAUGACGAGACAGAGAACCCAGACUGAAGCCGUGAAACUCCCUGCACCUUCAGCACCGGGGAUCACAGGGAUUUCAAGCUCCUACAACUUGCGUCCUACAACAACUGCUUCCAAGCAGCCCAACACUGGCCUGCCGAGACCCCCGCUGAGCAGCAUUCCAUCAGGCCUCCAGAGACCUGCACCAGGACUCAGGCCUCCUUCAGCUAAAAGUAACCUUGGACCUGCAGCUGCUAACCCUGGGACAAAGAUUACACAACCAAAGAAGCGCACGUUUAUCAGAGGUGAACCUUUGCCAACACCAAAGAGGAAGAAAACAGACGGUCCUGUACCAUCAUCCAGUGGCGCUGAGACCUCAACUGCCUCUGAUGCUGGGAACGGAUUGAAAAACCCGAAACGGCUUGGAACCAGCUGUAACCAGAGAGUGUUACCAGCUAAAGCCCAAAGAGAUGACGCUGCAGUGCCCGUCAGUGCUGCUGCUGCAGAAAACAUGACAUCUUGCAAUGCAGCCAGCAGAAUCAGAAACCAGAAACUGCCCGUAAACCACCAUAGAUCUCAGCUAGUUAAACCACAAGGACAUGGUUGUGCCAGAUGUGUCGUGCUGGAAGAGCAGCUCAAAACACUAUCAGCAGAAAAUAAGAGACUUAAAGAAGAGCUGCUGAAGUACAGUCAAGUCAACAAGGAAAAGAAUGACGCAUGUGCCAAUGAAAGCCCACUGUGAACUUUUAA